AUGCAAAACAGUUGAUGCAUUGAGUGCCCUAAAGGCACGAUUACACGAUCCUAAGGAUGUUAUGCAAAGUUGGGAUUCAACUCUUGUCACUCCAUGUACUUGGCAUCAUGUUACUUGCGACAAUGAGAAUAAAGUUGUUAGCGUCAUGCAGUGAUCUUGGAAAUGCAGGCUUGUCUGGUAAACUGGUUCCGCAGCUUGGUCAACUUACAAACUUACAGUACUUGGAGCUUCACAGUAAUAACAUUACCGGAAGAAUUCCUAAGGAGCUUGGGAACUUAACGGAGUUGGUGAGCUUAGACCUUUACAGGAACCGGUUAGAAGGUGACAUUCCAGAAAGACUGGGCAACCUUCAGAAACUUCGUUUCCUUCGUCUCAAUAACAACAGAUUAACGGGAGUCAUUCCAUAUUCCUUAACUACGAUAUAUUCGCUAGAAAUAGUUGAUCUAUCAAACAACUUAUUAGAAGGUGAUAUCUAUUACAGUACUGGCUCAUUUCCGAGGUUAACGCCCCUAAGCUUUGCCAAUAAUACCGACUUGACAUCUGUGAUUCUUCCAAUAAGUCCAUCAUUUCCUUCAGUCGGAAACAACGGGAAAGACAAGGGAGCUAUUGCUGGAGGAGCUGCUGUUGGUGCUGCUCUUGUUCUUGCAGGUUGGGUAAUUGUACCUGCUUGGCGGUGGUGCAGAGAACGACAAGAUCAUUUCACUGAUGUAGCAGAGGACCCUAAAGUUCAUCUGGGACUACUGAAGAGGUUUUCUCUGCGUGAACUACAAGUUGCAACCGAUGAUUUCAGUAACAGAAACAUUCUUGGUCGAGGUGCAUUUGGAAAAGUUUACAAAGGGCGGUUAGCUAAUGGUGCUCUGGUGGCUGUAAAAAGACUGAUAGAUCGUGUUCAAGGUGGUGAAUUGCAGUUUCAAAUGGAGGUUGAGUUGAUAAGCAUGGCUGUACAUCGGAAUCUACUUCGGCUGCAAGGGUUUUGCAUGACACCAACUGAACGCUUACUCGUUUAUCCCUACAUGGCCAAUGGCAGCGUAGCAUCAUGUCUAAAAGAUCGAACUUAUACACGACCUGUACUUGAUUGGCCAGCAAGGAAACGAAUUGCAUUGGGAUCCGCAAAGGGACUUGCUUAUUUGCAUGAUCAUUGUGACAUUAAGAUAAUCCAUCGUGAUGUGAAAGCUGCAAACAUAUUGUUGGAUGAGGAGUUUGAAGCGGUUGUAGGAGACUUUGGGUUGGUUAAACUCAUGGACUGCAAUGAUACUCAUGUAACAACAGGUAUUCGUGGUACGAUCGGACAUAUAGCCCCUGAGUAUCUAGCCAUGGGGAGAUCUUCAGAAAGAACUGAUGUUUUUGGGUAUGGUGUGAUGCUUCUAGAACUAAUCACUGGGCGACCAGCCUUUGACCUUGCUCGGCUUGCCAAUUAUGACGAAGAGGUCAUGUUGCUUGAUUGGUCCAUUUUCGCAACCCAAUAUUAUGUCAGCCGGAUCAAGUCUGUCGGCCCAAUCAGCGACAGCCCAAUAAGCUGGACUGAUGAAACAGCAGCGAAGCACUGUUACCCACCAGCAGCCCGCCAUGUAUUUACAGCCAGCCCACUCCUCAAGCGCAGAUCAAGCCCAGCAGCAUAUUCCCUUCACAGCCCAACAAUAUUUUUGCUCCAAGUCUAG